CUCCCUCCCUCCUCUCUUCUCUUCCCCCCUCUCUCUAAAUUUAACCAACAUGGCCUUUCCCCAGCAAAGGCUCUUCUCAGCCCUCUCUUCUUAUACUCGCCAAUUCUCAACCUCCAACCUCCGCUACCAGCCUCAAUCCAACUCACUUCCACCCAAAAUCCCCUACACGCCAACCUGUCCCUCACCAACAUGUCCCUGCACCUCCCCACCCACAGACCUCGACAUCGAUGUCAAGUCGCCGCUUUUGAACACUAUGGCCUCAUACUCAUCACACGUAGUGAUCUGUUCUGGAAAAGCCGACUGGACCUCGCGAAUCGAGGAUGAAGUUGGGGAAGGUGGGGAUUUUGUCAGAGGGUUGAAGGCAGAGAUUGGAAAGGGGGGGCGGAGUUUUGAUCCAUUCACAAACACCCUAACAACGCUGUCCUCCCUUCCCCCGUCCUCCUCCACCACCACGGCCCCCACAACCUCCGUCCUCCUCUUCCCGCAAUUCCUCUCCUUCCCCUCAAUCCCUCACUCCCAACACAGCAUCUCCGCCCUCGCAACCGCCUUCCUAAAAGCCCGCACCCUGCACCCCUUGCACACCUUACUCUCGCCAACCCAAAAAGCAGCAUUAACCCGCAACCCCUCCCUCGCAUCCGUGCUCCCCGCACCAAAUCCCAUAACCACGCCAACAAUCCUCAUAUGCAGCCACGGAAGCCGGGACUCGCGCUGCGGGAUCCUGGGUCCUAUACUCCACGACGAGUUUAGAAGACAGUUGGAAAGCAAAGGGGUGUCUGCGACUGUGGGUGUGAUAUCGCAUAUUGGCGGGCACAAGUUUGCAGGGAAUGUUAUUAUUUAUCUCCCCCCUGCUUCUGCUGCUUCUCCCAACAACAGUGGAAAUAAGCUCGCCGGGUCGGGGGUUUGGUACGGCCGCGUGGGGCCCGAAAACGUGGAAGGCAUUAUAGAGGAAACAAUUUUGCGGGGACGGGUAAUUGGGGAAUUGUUGCGAGGGGGGAUUACUGGAGAUGGGGGAAGUCUGGGGCGGUUGGUUGAGGAGCAGGUUAAACGGGAUGAAGGAGGGAAGGGGAGUUUGUGGGAAAGGCUGAGGUUGAGGCCGAGGAGUAGGGCCUAG